UUCCCGUUUCUCCUGUGAGAACACUGCCGAAACCGGGCUCGUGUGUGCGUGUGGGUGUGUGGUAGCAGUGAAAAAUGAUCCGACCGAUUCUACCGAUACUGGCGUACAUGAGCGUGCUCUCGAGUACGUACUCGCUGCACAUGGCACGCGAUGCUUACAUCAAGCCACCGCCGCCACCACCACCUGCACAGCUCCUCGACGACCUGGACGACAUGUCCGAGCUGCUCGCGGAAAAUGGUGUCGACCUGAUGCGGCCAAUGAUGGCCACGGUUCACCAGAAGUCACACAGCGCCACCAAUUCUGGCGGCGGUGGCGGUAGUGGAAGCAUCAUCAGCAGUAACAAUGGUGCGAUCGCGUUAGGCACGAUCAAUCACGUGACGAGCAAUGAGCUGCCUGAGCUGAGUCCGCCACCGGCGCAUCUGCCGACGGGGCUACGCCACGGUCCGAUAGGGCCACUUGUUGGGCAGCCUCCGCGUGGUCUGCAGGAACUGUUCGGCGUGCAGACCAACUUUGACAUUCGAGCUGCGCAGCAGCAACUGUCCCACAGUCCGAAUGGUGCGACAUCCAACUUCGACGUCAAUCAGUCCUCGUCCUCCUCCUCCUCCUCCAGUGGCAUGGACGAUCGGGAUGAUGAUAAUGGUGAAGGUGGUGGUGGUGGGAGAGGUGAUAGGAAUGACGUCAACAACGGAGUAGUCGCUAGUGCUGGUGGUGGUGGUGGUGGUGGUGGACAAGGCAAUGUGAAUCUGCAGCGGUCGGCGUCGAGCAGCAAGCGGGCGUCACCGACCGGUGGACGCAAUAAGAUGAUGGCCGACUCUGGGCAAGAUGGCGACGGUAGCAGUAGCGGUUUGCCAUCAAUCCCGCACGGCAUCGCUAACCAAAUGAUGCUGCGCAGUACACGCGGCCAGCGGCAGUACGAUGUACCGCAAAUUGAAUGUCCACCAGCAAUGGAUGGUAUGGAGCGUUUUGCCUGCCCUACACCAGAUCGGCAAGGCCGAUACCGAUGUAUAGACGAUCAUGUGCUAUGCGACGGUUUUAUCGACUGUCCCGAAGGCGAGGACGAGGACAGGCAGGCCUGUAUGUUCUACAAAACGACGAAAGCACAUCUCGACGUAUUAGCGGACGCCUUAUUGAGAUGGGCUCGUGGCCGUUAAGUUGUACAUUUCACACAGCUCCCGACAGUAUCGCUGUACUAGUGCUAGAUUGAGAACAUAGAAAACUGUUGAA